AUGUCGCCGGCGUCCCUCGCCGCUCGGCUCCUACGCCGCGCCGCUACCACCUCUUCCUCUCCUUUCUCCCCUCUUGCCCGCCGCGGACUCAAUUCCUCGGCGCCCGUUCCCCUCCCCCGCCGUCUCCCUGCCGCCACCUCGUCGUCAGCUGGGACCACCGCCCGCCGCUUCCUGGCGUCGCAGUCCCCGGCGUCCUCCUCCUUCAAGUCCUCCGCGGACGAGAACCUGAGGCGCGUCAUCGAGUCUGAGAUCGAGUGCGUUGUCCAGUCGGAGGAGAGCACCGCCGACAAGCACAUUGAUCUACCAAAUGACUUCCCUUUUGAGAUCAUAGACAAUCCUGGUGAUCAGACAAUAACCCUCCAAAGGGAGAUUGCAGGGGAGACAAUUAAAGCUGCUAUAUACACCAACUUUGAUACAGAGGAAGAUUUGGAUGAUGAGGAUGAUAAGAGUGACAAAGAUGAGGAAUCUUUCAAACCAGCAAUUCAAAUGGUUGUCAGUAUUCAAAAACCAGAAGGUCCAAUCCUAGAAUUUGACUGCAACUUUAACGAUGACGAACUAGCAAUUGAAAAUAUGAGGGUGCUGAACCGUGAUAACCCUGCUGAGAAUGUGUAUGAGGGGCCACGAUUUCCGGUCUUGGAUGAGAGCUUGCAGAAGGCCUUGCACAGGUAUCUUGAGGUCAGGGGGUUCAAACAUUCGCUACAUGACUGGCUGUACGAGUACAUGAUGAGAAAGGAUGAGAAAGAAAUUGGUGCAAGAUGGAAACAAAGGAGCUGGAGAAGGGACGCUUUGCCAUUUGCGAGCUUCAGGCAAAGCAUUGGAAGGAGGAUGCUGGUGGUCACAAGCCCCUGCAUUUCUUCUGUUUUCACAUGA